AUGUUUAAUAAAUUUGUUUUUAUUAGUUUAGCUUUUUUAUUUGUUGCUGUGACAGCUAAAUUUGAGUUUGAUGUAAGUUAAUAUAAAGGUUAUUAUAGUCUAACUAAGAUUUAUCAAGUGUCCACUUAUUAAAAAUUUUUGACAAUAGGAAUGCGCUUUACACUCUUUUUUGCUAUAAUCUCAUGCUUAAUAUUCAUAUGCUUUAUUUUAGGCCUCUCUUAGCUAAUAACAUGAUUUGACUAUACUAAAUUAAAUGUUCAGGUAAAAAAAUGCAGAGCGGAAGUCAAACAAGCAAGAGAACGUCUUACAAACGUCGUUCAACAUCUAGCACAAUAUGAAGCUGAAAAUCGCUUAUCACGUUUGUUGGUAGGCUUAGGAAAUGUAGAAGUUAAAGACGAUGAUGAUUUAAGUGAGGUAUGUGGAGAAAGAAAGCCGACAAUGUUCCCGCCACCAAAUGAUGAUGAUAAUAAAACAAGUAACUUUGAAAUACCAAGUAUCUUUGGCGAAACGUCGGAAAAUGACAUUUAUGUACAAUAUAUGAGUUCGCUAUUCGUAAGUUUCAAUGUUGUACUGACCAGUGCCGUCUUAUUCUUUUUUGAAUUUUAGUACAAAAACUAUUCUAUACUGUAAUUUUAGCAAAACUUGGCAGAUGAAGAAAAGAUAUGCAAUGGAGGAUACGACGGGUUGAACUCAGUAACCGAGGAACAACUUUACGGUGCUUUGACUUUGUUUGCCACAAACCAUGCUGGACCAAUGUGUCCGAUUUGUACUGGACUUGUAACUAUGAUCAUUGAUGAGAUUAAACUAAAUCUGGGGAAUUUAAGUGUGAGUUGUAAUAGAAGUAUUGCUUUUAUAAUAUAAAAUUUUGUUGCACUACUGAUAUUGUUUUUAUUAUUUUGUCUUAUCUGCAUUUUGAAAUCGUUGCCAACUUGAAAAAAAGCCUAGUAGUUUUUCGAGUUAUUUUUAACUAGGAUAUUGAAAAAAAAUUAAGUAUUAUAUUUCAGGAUGAAAUGCAAAAGAUAAUUUUGGCGUUAUUGAGUUAUUUGCCACAACCAGAACAAAUUUGCUUGAAGGUUUUUCCUAAGUGUAUUGAUCAUUCAAAUGGUGAGGAAUUUUGAACACAGUGAAGGGUGACUUUGUAAUAAAAAGUUUCUUGUAAAACCAACCCCUAUAUAUAGUUAUGCUGUGCGUACUCUCUGAAGGGAAUUGUCGUUUUAUGAAGUUUUAAUUCCAAGUCAUUAUUUUUAAUUUUUUAAAAAUAUAUUAAUAAAUUUUAGGUACUGAUUUCAACUCGACUAAAUGUUUCCAGUGUAGUAUGUGUAUGAGCACUACGACUAUACUUGAAGUAAGUCGAAUACAAAGCAAAACUUUUAGGUUACAAAGAGUAAAUAUAACAUUAACUUUGUAAAUAGAUUCAUGAUCAGGUCUCAGAUUUUUUUGAGCUAUACCGCAUGUCUGGACUGCGACUCGUUUCUUGAAAUAAAUUAACCUUAAAAAUUUUGUUUUUAGCACAACUUUUUAUUAGUGGAAAAAAGGGUGCAAAGUUUUAAAGACCUUUUACAAACUGUGGUAAUAGACGAUUUUUGCACCGAAUUAUGCUACGCGUAUCCGCCAUCUGAUGAAAAGAAAAAGGGCCCUUUUCCUCAUGGAGUUUCGAAAGAUGACUGUGUUACCAAUACGUUGUUAGCUUACGACAUCAUUUUGAAAGCGGCAAAAUACCUGUUCUUGCCUAGUCCGUUCUGUCGUAAUGUAAGUUAUUUGUUUAAAACUAAAACUGUAAUAUAGGUAAGGCCAGUGUUUUGCCGGACCGGACCGAAACAGAAAUUAUUGUGGACCGGACCCAAAAACCUGCGGACCGGGACCGAAGAAAAAGCUCCGGACCGGUCCGGAAAAAAAAAAUUUUUUUAUUUUAAAGGACCUGUAAACCCCCGAAAAAUCCCUUUUUGAAAUAUCGCCAUGAACCUGGCAUUAUGCCUUAUCGUGGCGGGACCAAACGGAAAUCCUAGCGUAAAAUAUUUUCAGAAAUUUUUUUCAUGGAUAAUAUUUUAAUGAAUGUCCUUGAUUUCACUAGAAAUUGCUGUUUUAACUAUUGUUUCUGUGUUGUAAAAUGCUAUUACUGGCUCGAGUUUUCCAGGUUUUAUCCGAAUUUACACUUUUAUUUUAUUAUAGUGUACUUUCCGGUAACGUUUUGAGAACUUUGGCCAGGUUCAAGUUAAAACAACUUUAAAAGUUGAUUGGUAAGUAUUUUUUUAUAAAAUUUAUGUUGUUUUAAAUGAAUAAUCAAUUUUUCAGACAUUUAUCAUUAUGUUUCAACAGUUUUGGUGUGGUUUCGCACUUCGAUGUUGGUAUAGCGCAAUGUCGAGCUAAAAGAUGAAAGCUUGGACCAUUUUUGGACUUGAAAACUUACAGAAUGGCUGCAGAAGAUGUUAAAGGUGUUUUUAAUCUUUUGCGGACGAUUCUGGUUCAAAAAGCAGGCUAAGGAAGGAUUACUGCCACAUCGCAGAUAAAACAAGGUCAACAAGCGAUUCGUAAGUGUUUUAUUGCCAUUGUUGUUGUGUUAGGUAUCAAAUUGGUCAGUUUAAUUAAUUGUAUAAAUUGUCAUAGACUUUCGUCGAUUUUAAUAUCCGAAACACUGCCCAAUUCUCAUUUGUUACCUAUAAAUUCCGCAUCUACGCAAUAUUCUUUUGUGAAAACAGACGGAAAUCAAUUGCAAGAGGACAAGCACUUGUGGAUUAAGCUUACUUAGCCAAUUUCUACCUAAAACAACAAAAAUGGCAAUAAAACACUUACGAAUAUCUUGUUGACCUUGUUUUAGCUGGGAUCCGGCAGAAAUCCUUCUUUACCCUGCUUUUUGAACCAAAAUCGUCCGCAACGGUUUAAAAACAUCCUUUAACAUCUUCUCCAUCUAUUCUGUAAGUUUUCAAGUCCAAAAACGGCCUACGCUUUCAUCUUUUAGUUCGAAAUUGCGCUAUAACAACAUCGAAGUGCGAAAUUACAUCAAAACAGUUGAAAAUUAAUGGUGGGUGUCUAAAAAAUAGAUUAUUCAUCUAAAACAACAUAAAUAUUAUAAAAAAUACUUACCAAUCAACUUUUAAAGUUGUUUUAACAUGAAUCUGGCCAAAGUUAUCAAAACGUUACCGGAAAGUACACUAUAAUAAAAUAAAAGUGUAAAUUCGGAUAAAACCUGGAAAACUCGAGCCAGUAAUAGCAUUUUACAACACAGAAACAAUAGUUAAAACAGCAAUUUCUAGUGAAAUCAAGGACAUUCAUUAAAAUAUUAUCCAUGAAAAAAUUUCUGAAAAUAUUUUACGCGAGAAUUUCCAUUUGGUCCCGCCACGAUAAGACAUAAUGCCAGGUUCAUGGCGAUUUUUCAAACGCUGUCUUUACAGGUCCUUUAAGAAAACUGUUUUAAAAAUUGCAAAUAAAACAUAUUUUUAGGAGUUUUUAAGAAAAAAGAAAGCAGUUUUAGCGAUCCUUGCUUUUUUUAAAAAUUAAAAAAUUUUUUUUGCGGACCGGACCGGACCCAAAAAUUUUGGGUUUGGACCGGUCCGGACCGAAUCCAAAAAUUUGAAGUUUGGACCGGACCGGUCCCGGCAAAACACUGGGUAAGGCAUUUACAUUAUCACGUUGAAAGGGGACAAAUGGACGUUAUACCUUAUGUAACGCUUCAUUGAACAACUUAUAUUAUACUAAAAAUAAAGUGUUAAAGUUAGUAUUUCGAAGCCAAAAAUUAAGAAAAUUUCAGCUUUGUCCAUCGAAUCUAACACCGAAUAUUUUACAUUGUCUCCACGCGUUUUGUAUUGAAAAUCAAAGGGAGUUCUCGUUUUUGGCACCAAUUUGUGAUCUGAUUCCAGACCAUCCUGACGAUGCGGCCAAGUACUUGAAUAUUGUGGGGCAGAGACGACACGACGAGUUUUAA